AUGAAGUAAUAAAUUUGCGAGAACGAAAAAGUUUUUAUUGUUGACGGCCUUAAGUAAGGAAUUAGACGUGAUGGUAGAGGAAAUCUGGACUUCAGAGAAUUCAAAAUAGAACUAGGAACUAUUCCUCAUGCUUUCGGGUCUUCCUCUUUGAUAUUUGGCGAAGAGGAUAUAAACAUAAUUUGCGCUAUUAAAGCUGACUUACAAAAGCCUUUGCCAUCUGAGCCUAACAAAGGCCAGAUAAGGUUUCAUCUUGAGUCUUCUCAAACUGGUUCAUCACUAUUUACGAGAGAAGAGUAAUCAGAGCUCAAUAAAAACAGACUUACAAGCAUUUUAAAUGCACUCUAUGGAAAUAUCAUCAAUAGAGAAGAGCUAAAAGUAUUUGAGGGUUAAUUCUGCUGGUUCCUCAAUGUAGACAUCUUAGUGAUGGAAGAACUAUCGUUAUAAUAGAUUGACUUUAUUGGAUUAGCAAUCAGAUCAGCCUUCUUGGACUUUUAACUGCCUUCAGUAAAUGCCACCUUAAAUAAUAACACAGGCAAAAUCGAAGUAGGCUUGGUGGAAGAAAUCUAUGAAGAUUAAGAGAACACUGAUAAAUUAGAAACUCUUAAAUCAGCUAAGAACUCUCCUUAUAUAUUAUCGAUAGGAUUCAUAAGAGAUGAAGCAGAAGAUGUUGUUGUGAUAGAUGCUGAUGAUUAAGAAAACUAAUGCUUUGAUUAGCUAUUGCAUAUUUCAGUAGAUAAUAAUUUGAGAAUAUAUGGAAUAGAGUAAUCCAAAGGAAGAUCUCUGCAGUCUGGUUUGCUCAGCUCCAAAUUUUUCUUACAAGGUAACCUGACUAAAAUACUAAAGCCAAAGAUCAUAGAAUUCGAAAGAAUUAGUUAGAAACUAAUUAAAUAUUGA